UACCUCCCUUCCUGGAUAGUUUUCAUGCUCCCUCAGCAAGGGUCGCGCUGUUAAUAAUAAUCUGGUGUUGGAACUAUGAGCCUAUGAAUGUGUUAAACUCGUCUUUUCUAACAUUUUUAUUUGAUACUCGCCGCUUUGUUCAAGAAGGACUGAGAGCUGAAGUUCUGAAAUCACUGCCCGUAAAAUGGAUCUCCAAAUCUGUCUCAAAACCACACUGAAGAACAAAUAUCAGAAGCUAAAGGAAGCAUACUCGGAAAAGUCACUACUUCCAUUAAAACUUGGUUAUCUGGAGAGCUACCCCUGGUCUACUUUGCACCAGCAUGAAUUUAGAUAUGUCGACAAAUCUGACCUACACACGUGGUUGUCUUCCCAAACCAUUCCGCUUUCUGAAAUGUUAAAAUGUGACUGCAAACAGAAACACAAAAGCAGCAAAAAGACUGUCAUCACAUUAGGAGUUUCUGGAGCUGGAAAAACUACAACAGUGCAGACCAGUGCUUUGGAGUGGGCCGAGGGGGAAAAGUACCAGGACAUCCAGUUCCUUUUUCCUCUCACAUUCUGGGAGCUAAAUCUGCUCAGACUAAACGUGAGCCUUAUUGAAGUUCUCCUGGCGUUUUACCCUGAACUGAAGGGGCUUGAUGUUUCUAGCCUAAAUAAAAACAACGUGUGGUUUGUCUUGGACGGACUUGAUGAGUUUCACACCCCACUUAACUUUGACGGUCCAACUGUGAGUGAUGUUUCCGAGAAGUCCAAAGUGGAGAUUCUAGUGACCAGUCUGAUAAGUGGGAAUUUACUUCCCAACGCUCAUGUAUGGAUAACAACCCGAUAUGCAGCAGCAACGCAGAUCCCUGAACGUUUUUUACUCAAAGAGACUCGGAUUAAAGGGUUCAGUGAUAAACAGAAGGAGCAGCACUUCAAAUCUAUAAUCUCUGAUGAAUUUAUGGCUAACAGAGCCAUGGACCAUGUGAAGAUAUCACGGAGUCUGGACUUCCUUUCUGAGAUACCUGCAAUUUGUACCAUCAUGGCAAAUGUCUUGAAGAAUCACGUCAAAGCAGCUGAUGGGUAUAAAAUCAACCGUUUGAAUCUAACCCAGAUUUACUCGAAGCUGGUUAAGGGUUCAAACCCUGGCCUUCUUGCCAAGCUGGAGAGGCUUGCAAUGAAUCGACUGGGGGCGAAAAAUGUUAUGUAUGAAUGGGAUCUCGCAGAAUGGGACUUCAGUGUUAAGGAAGCAUCGGCUUUCACAAAAGACUGUCCACUUGUGUUGAGAGAAGAAAAGGGACUGCACAAUGCCAAAGUGUUUCGCUUUGGACAAGCGAGCAUUCAAGAGUUCUUGGCUGCAUCGGCCAGAUUGGAAACCAUCAAGGCGACCCAUAAUGGGUCUGAUCCUUUGCGGUGCCUGGUGGACAGGAUGAUGCUGAGCCCUGUGGGAGAGUUUGAUGUCUUACUUCGUUUCAUCUUUGGGCUCAUAAAGGAACGAGGCACACGGGAGCCUAGCGAUCCACUGUUCGACUACACCAAAGGCAAGAUCCUGCAGGACGUUUCGUCUCCCAAAGCCGUGGGUCUGUUCCACUGUCUGAGGGAGUAUGACAGCCAGGCCUUACUAAAUGAAGUCAAGUUCUUUCUGAAGUUUGACUUCUCUCCAAUCCAGGGUUUCACUCCAAUGCAUUGGACAUUCAUGAUCCAAAGGGCCACAAAUUUUGAAGGGCUGAGGGAAAGUUUUGAACUUCAAGUAGCUCUGAGAUGUGAUGAUGUGGUCCUUAAGCAGCUGCCAUGUAUUUUGAAAUCCAGAAAAGCCAUGCUGCGCUUCUCUAACGUGACAGAUAGGAGUUGUCCAGGCUUAGCGGCAGUCCUGAGCACAGGAGAGUCAUACCUGAGGGAGCUGGACCUUGGAUACAACAGCAUCACGGACAGUGGAGUCAAGACUCUGGUGGAAGGGCUGAGCGAUCCAAACUGCAAGCUCAAACAGCUCAGGCUGCAUGGCUGCGGAUUGAGCUCUCAAGCAUGUAAACACCUGACGAAAGCUCUGAAAGAGUCCCAGAAACUCAAAGAGUUGGAUCUCAGCAUGAACGGAAUAGGAAAUGAAGGAGUGCAACAUCUUGCAAAUGGUCUAAGAGCUCCUGGAUGUCACUUAGAAACACUAAGACUAUCACAGUGCAACAUCGAGCACACAGGCUGCGUGUAUUUAGCCUCAGCGCUGCAGAAGAACCCUGACCACCUGAACUGGUUGGAUCUGAGCAUCAAUGCAAUCGGAGACAGGGGGGCCAAUGAGCUUUUGAAGAAAGUCGAUAUAACACAGCUGACGAAGCUAGACUUGUAUUACUGCGGCCUCACUGUGUUAAGCUGUGCAAAGAUCGGGGAAGCUCUGAAGAAUGAAUCCAGCUCUCUGGUAGAACUCAACCUCAGCAACAACAACUUGCAGGAUGCAGGAUUUGCGCUUAUCUGCGAAGGCAUGUACGCAUGGUGUGGUCUGGAAAAACUCAAUGUUUCAAGAUGUGGCAUCACUCGCAUCGGUGCAGGUUUUCUGGCCAAAGUCCUGUGUUCGAUCUCGCAGCUGUUCAGUGGUAGGUCGCAGAAAUCCGACUGGCAGGCGGUCGAGCUGAAAGAGCUCGACCUCAGCAUGAACUGCCUCAGAGACCAGGGGGUCAAAGAAAUCUGUGGUGGAAUGAAGAAUCCCUACAGCCACCUGAAAGUUCUCAACCUGAGUCAGUGCAGCCUGACUGACGACUGCUGUGCAGAGCUCUCAGUCGGAUUAUCGUCAAAGGAGAAUGUCGUCAUUGACCUCGACUUGUCUUCCAAUGACCUUCAAGAUAAGGGAGUGAAGAAACUCUGCAUGGGAAUGAGAGCGCCCCACUGGAAAGUGGAGAAAUUAUCAUUGAGGAGCUGUGGUCUAAGCUCCAAAAGCGUCGAGUGCCUGAUCACCGCCCUGAAGUCAAACCCUCAACAUCUGGCCGAGCUGCAUUUGAUGGGCAACAAUCUGGAAGACUCAUCAAUCAGAGUGCUCAGUGAUCUGACAAAGAACCAGAAAUACACUUUGACGACAAUAGAUGUCUCUGCAGACUGAGGACAGAGACGGACGGCAAAACAAAAAGAAAAAGAUUCUCUUUAUUCCAGAAUCAAAUGUAGCUGCAGUAUAAAGCGUUGUUCACUCCUCUGAAGGUUCAUGUGUUUGGCUCUACCUACUCUGCUAUAAGAACAUAUUCAGAAUGUAUAAGCGCUGAGGUUUAUCACAGAUUUAAAAAAGUAAAGUUGAGCUUUCUUUUGCUACUUUUUACAUGAUUUUAUGGAUUCCCUCAGUUUAAAAAUGUUGAGAUGUUGCAUUGCUCAGUACUUGGAAAGUGAAAGUGUGUGUCUACUAAUAAGCUACUGCAGGAUUCAGUACACGUGUGUAGCCAUAACAUUGGCUUAAUACGUUCAUUAGACACACAGCAGGUUUUGUGCAAGCAUGUUCUCCAUCAGACUCGUCCUGUAACCCCCUGCACUGUCAGGCACCUUGUAGGAGCUAGUUCCAGACUAAGUCCUUGUGACCUGGAUCGGAUUCCAACCCAAACUCCCUCGCUGCCUGUCUCUAAGGCCCCUCUGUCAUUAAGGCUUAUUAUAAUCUUUCAAAUAAAUCCAGCAUUGGCUUACUGUGUGUAAGAUUAUUGUAUUUAAUGUUCAUGGGUGCAACUUCCAGUCUGAUCGACUUUCAUUAUCAGAAUGAUUCAGACCCCCUCAGUGUAUCAGGAACAGGUCAAUUCAGUGUUCCUUGAAACAACUGCAGGAAGGGAGAAGCAGCAAUUCCAUAUCUUUUGUUUCUUCAUUGUCUUAAAAUCUGAUUUCAGUGCCUUUCAAAUUCAUUAAAAACAUAUUUUAUGUCCAUGUAAAGAAGUUUGAAUUGCCUUGGUUGUAUCUGAUGAGUACUUUGUAUUUAAACGUUCUUUUCUCUUGUGCAAAAGUUUGAAAUGAAAUGUCCUGCACUGUGAACAUAUAAAAAAUAUAACCCA